CUUCAUACUGAGAGCGCGUUCAGUGCUGCUCAGAUACGCGCUCAUCAGCCUCACCACAACCAUCAUCAUCACCAUCAUCAUGUCUGCGGUGGAUCACACAGUCAUGCACGGCAUCUGGGGCAGCAGCGCGCCCGCGGGGAAGGCGAUGGAGAAGCCGAAGAACAAGGGCUUCAGCUUGAUCAGGAUGAUGUCUCUGAAUUACAAGAAGGAGAACAAGAAUCCCCAGCAGCAGCAGCAGCAGCAGCAUCACAACAACAUGCCCUUUAUGAUUCACUGCCACAUCGGCAAAGAGAUCAAACACAUAUGCAGCAACUGCAGCCGCGGCAGCCACGCGCAGGACGCAGAGGAGGUGGAGAAACUGGCCUCCAUUCACGCAGAGUCCCUGGUGUCUGGAUCGCACGCGCCGCCCAUGCACUGCAGGAGCAGGUUUGCCACUCUGGGACGCCUCUUCAAACCCUGGAAGUGGAGGAAGAAGAAGAGUGAGAAGUUCAAGCAGAGGUCAACAGCUCUGGAGAGGAAGAUGUCGGUGCGUCAGAGCCGAGAGGAGCUGAUCAAACGAGGAGUGCUGAAGGAGAUCUUUGAGAAAGACUCCAGAGUGGCGGCUGUGACGCCGGACGGCCGGCUGGAGACCGGACUGCCGUCAGACUGUGAGCGGACAGCGGAGGACAGACAGAGGAACGCCGCUGACUUCCGCGCGUCUCUGGAUGGAGGAGUAUGUGCUCAGGACAACACGCUCAAGUCGCUCACGCUUCCUCCCAAGAAAACCGUCACCUUCUCCGGUGACCUUCAGGAAACGCCCGCCAAACCUCAGCUCAUCCAUAAACAGCCUCCCGCCCUGCCGCCCAAACCCUUCUCCAGACUGACCAAUCACAGCACAGACUCGUGUCAGCCGCUGAAGAUGUCGUGUCUGCAGGGAAAGCCAUCUCCUCCUCUACCUCCUAAGAAGCUCAUGCUGUACUCGUCAUCUCCCGUGCCGCUGUCGUUCGGUCAGAAGGCUCCGGCGCUCGUGCAGUACGGUCACCCGCUGCAGCUGCAGUACGGCGCCGUUCACCCGUCCAGCCGCAUCAUCGAUGAGCUGCAGAAGACGCUGGCGCUCGCCAUGCAGAGACUAGACAGCAGCUCUGCGGUUCACGUGAGUCAGUACAGCGCUCCUCUCCCGGCCGUGGUGAUCGACUGUGACGAUGAUAAAGAGAACAUCCCUAACGAGUCUGACUACGAGGACCUGCCCAGCAUGUAUAAGGAUGAAGACCAUGAGGAGGACGAGGAGGAGGAUGAAGAUGAGGAUGACGACGAUACGCUCUUCACAAACACGCUGGCGCUGAAGAUCUUGAGGAAGGAUUCUCUGGCAGUGAAGCUGAGUAACAGGCCGUCUCAGAGAGAACUGCAGGAGAAAAACAUCUUACCCGUACAGACGGACGAAGAGCGACUGCAGUCCAGACAGCUCAUCGGCACCAAACUCACACGGAGACUGAGCCAGAGGCCCACGGCUGAAGAGCUGGAGCAGAGGAACAUCCUCAAACCUCGUAAUGAGCAGGAGCAGAUGGAGGAGAAGAGAGAGAUCAGACGCCGACUCUCACGCAAGCUGAGUCAGAGGCCCACGGUGGAGGAUCUGCGGCGAGCCAAGAUCCUCAUCCGCUUCAGCGAUUACGUGGAGGUGGCGGACGCUCAGGACUACGACAGACGCACCGACAAACCCUGGACGAGACUCACGGCCGCUGACAAGGCUGCCAUCAGGAAAGAGCUGAAUGAUUUCAAGAGCAAUGAGAUGGAGGUGCACGAGUCCAGCCGCCAUCUGACCAGGUUUCAUCGGCCGUAGAGAAGCACCGCGGAUGGCCCGACGGUCCCGUCACGAGCCGGACGCUCCCGGACGUCUGAGAUCCUUCCGCAGAACGGCGGCUGCGGGGAGAGACCGCGAUCAGACGUCACCGAUCCCUCAUCCAUCACGUCACUCCAUCAUCCUCAGAUCAGCGGAUUCUCCGGCUGCGAGCGGCACGUCCAGCACUUUCAAGCACUACCUGCCGGCGCGGUACUAUCGCACUGACCGCGUUCACACGCAGCGGGAUCCGUUCGUGAAGCGCGAACGCUUUUACAAACGGUCCACGCGACAGUUUACGAUUCCCACCGAUCCGUCGUGCUGGUGUUUGACGCAUGUUUACAGGAUUCACCGCUGCUGCUUCAUGCUGACGCUCAUUCACAGGGACGUUAAGAAGGGUUUCAUUCACCAUCAGCAUCUACAGCAAACUGUGAAUUCUAGACCAUCUCGAGUCGUUCAGACCUGCGUGAUGUUUAUGUGAAGCGUUUUAUUCAUCGCGUGAAUCUGCGGGGCUUGAGAGAGUCAUUUCUUACUGCUUUAUUCUCAUUUCACGUCUGUUUUUUUUUUAUCUUGUCGUCACUGUGUUCUGCCCACGUGAGCGGAUUAUAAUUGUUUUAAGUUAUUUUUAUACCAUCUUUCUAGAGUAACUUUACCUUAUUUGCACCUGCCAGCAAAUGUCCUGAAGGUGUUCGUCAUGUUUUAUUCAUGUUUUUACUUUUACUUUUGCCUGUUAUUUUUGAUUUAUAUGAUUCCUUUUUUAAGUUAAAUACACAUUUUAACAUCCCCUCGCACUGUGUUUAUUAGAAUCUCAAAUCAUCAGCGGUUCUAUGUGAAGCUCUCUCCAUUUUUUUGCACUUGCGCUCAUAGACUGUAGCUCGUCGGUGCAGUGUGCUGCUUGCAACGCCAGGCUCACGGGUUCGAUUCUAGUGGGAACCGCCAGAUUAAUUGUAGACAUUUGAAUGCUUGAAAGUCUGCACUCUUAUGUAUAGGUCCUAAUGGAAGGAUGUUGGUUUUCUUUAAUGUAAAUGAUUGAAUAAGUUUGUCUUUCAGUCGAUUGUUCAGUCAGACGGCACGGCGUAAAAUCUCCCACUAAUGUAAUAGAGACGGCAAAACAAUCUUUUCAGAACGAUUCUUAUUUUAAUGCUCAAACAUCCAGCGGAUGAAGCUACAAUCAUAUUCUGCAUGCACUUUAACAGUAUGCACAAUUGAUUUUUUUCCUUUUUUCACCAUUGGGAGUAGAUUUGAGAUUCGGUUGAAUUAUCAGUAAUAGCUUUCAUAAACUGAAGCCAAUCCCAACAUCAAAAUGAGUUUUAACAAACCACUCGUGUAGCUCAGGUAGCAAGAUGUUUUUCCAGGACAGUGUGACGAUCAAACAACAUUCAGCAGAGGGAAGAAUCCAGUAAGAGCAUUUCACUUCAUUUUCAUUAGAACUGGUUCCAGAUGGUGACUUUGGUUCUGGGAGUUCUGCAGGAAGAGGAGUCGUUUUGACUGGUUUCCUGUUGUCGAUCUUCAGGCAGCUUGAACAUUAUGGCACCUAACGUUGUCACGUCGGCACAAAAACAAACAUCAGCGUCACUGAGCUCAACCUGUGUGGAAAAA